AUGACGUUCAAGAAGGUUGUUGUGAUCGAUUGCCAAGGCCACCUGUUGGGCCGUUUGGCAUCGGUUGUCGCCAAGGAACUGCUGAAGGGCCAGCAGAUCAUCUGCGUCAGAUGUGAAGACAUCAACAUCUCUGGGUCUCUCCACCGCAACAGACUGAAGUACCAGCGUUUCCUUCGCCUGCGGAUGAACUCGAACCCGAGACGAGGCCCGUACCACCUUCGCGCUCCUUCGCGGAUCCUCUGGAGAACGAUCCGGGGCAUGCUCCGCCACAAAGUCGAGCGUGGCCAGAAGGCUCUCGCGAGACUGCAGGUGUACGAGGGCGUUCCGACGAUGGUUGAGAGAAAGAAGCGUAUGGUGGUCCCCAGCGCUCUGCGCAUCGUGCGUCUGAAGCCCAAGCGUAACUUCUGCCGUCUGGGUGAUCUUUCCUCUCAAGUUGGGUGGUCUCACGGCGAUCUGGUGGCGCGUCUGGAAGAGAAGAGAAAGACUCGGUCCAGCGCCUACUACCAGAAGAAGAAGGAGAGAACCAAGAUGCAGACAGAAGCCAAGCAGUUCGCUCAGACCACGUUGCCGAAAGACCAGGUUGCCUUCCUGCAACAAUACGGCCAUGCAUAA